AUGAGAGAUCAAAAUUCUUACAACGAGGUACUCCCGUCGACCGAAACUUCAGCAACCCGAGAAUCUCGUGUCGAGUCCGUGGACAGCACACUGGAAGCAUUGGUGUUCAACAAGCAUGAAAGCCUCCCUCAGCUGCCUCUACGCACACCUUUGCCAGAAUCGCCAUCUCGAGAACUGACCUCACACCGCACCGUGCCUGUCCACACACUAGUGCAGAGUGAGACUGGCGUGUCCAUCCAUGGUCCAGCGUCUGCCUUCUUUGAACCUCUGUCGAUGAGGUCGUUACCCAGCGGACUAAGUGUUCCUACCGACAGCCCAGUAUCCAUACGCAACCAACAGCAAACAGAUGACGAAAUCCGUCGCGAGCUAUUCGCGUAUUCUGCGCUAGAGUUUCAGAAGGAGUAUACCUACAUGUCAGAACGAAAGCUCGAUCUCGAUGGCGUCGACUGGGAGACCGCGGACCACUUGUUCCAGCUGCACUGGAAUCUCCACCACCUUGGAUUCUUGAUCACCUAUCGACCAGCCAUCAUGCACAGCCUCGCGACGGGCGGGCCACAUUGCAACAAACUACUACUCAACGCGAUCUACUACACGGCCGCCUUGCAAAGCAGUCGACCCAACAUGCGCGACGACCCUGCACAUCCUCAGUACUUCGGCACCAAAUUCUUCCAUCGUUUCCAGUCAUUGCUGGCCUCAGAGCUGCAAAGGUCAUCUACGGCUAGUAUCGCAGCGCUCGUGUUGAUGGGGUCGUCGUGCGUAUCAAAUGGCAGACAAACAAUCGGCUGGCUGUAUGCAGGACUCUCAUACCAGAUGAUUGUCGAUCUUGGUCUACAUGUCGAUCCCGACAAGGUACAAAUGUCCAGCCUGGUGCCAAGUAAACCUCCCAUUCCAAUGACGGCAGUUGACAUUGAGAUCCAGCGGCGUUACAUCUGGGGCGCCUAUUUGAACGACCGGUUCCAGUCGCUGUACUUCGGACGGCCCCCGAGCCUCCGCAUGAUCGAAGGCGUGGAGGCGUCGCAGACCGUCCUCGACGACUAUGAAGAACUGGAAUUGUGGAAGCCAUACAUCGACCCAACGGGCGCAGAUCCCCCAGUGAACUUCACACCACAGCCGGCGCGAGCUGUGUCUACAAGGGCAGCGCUCGUUCGGCUUGCAGAAAUCACAGACCAGAUCAUUGAAAGCUUCUACACGCCCAAGUCGGGAAGGAUGUCCACCGAGGAGGCACACUGCGGAGUCCAACGGCUGCAGCACCAGCUCGACCUUUGGGCCGAGACUCUACCAGUACACCUACGCUAUGAGCCGGGGGAUCUACCAGUUCCACCGGCCAUACGCUUCAAUUUGCACACCACUUUCAGCCUCCUACACAUCCUCCUGCACCGGCCCUUCCUCCGCGACGGGCACCUCGAAGCCCUCGGCGCAGACGAACCCACCCGGCACGACAUCUGUGUCUCGGCCGCACUGCGCAUCUAUAACCUCGCCCGAAUCUACCGCGACACCUUCACCUUGCGCCGAGCCACCUACCUCUUCAGCUACGCCGUUUUCUCCGCCGCAACUGUCUUGCCCAUGCACGCGUCUCCAUCAGCUGACCCGACGCAGCGCAAGGAGAUGGUUGUAUUCUUCUGGAACGCGCUCAAGGAGCUCCAGAACGGCGCAAAUUUCGGCCUGCGUAAGACCGUCCGUAUCAUUGGCGGCAUGUUUGAGCGCGCAGGUAUCGACCUCAACGCUCUGCCGCUGACGGACAAGAGGCCCAAUUACCACCAAUCUUAUGACGACGAAGGCCUUCGCGCCAGCUCCAACUCGUCCGCCAACAUCGACGCUCAAAAUCUACACGUGCAGCCCGCAAGCGGGCUGGACACGCUCACCGGCGAGAGUUUCAAGGACUUCUACAACGACCUUUCCUUCGAAAAUAUUGACUGGCCAGCCUUUGUGGACGUCGAUGCCAACCAUGACAACGAUGAGUUGCUCUAUGGGCUUUUCCGGGCUGGAGAUGGCAGCAUAGAUGCUCCACUGGGUCUCCCGUCCUGAUCACGAAAGUCCGCAGUGGUACCUGUCAUCGGGAUAACUAUAAAGCUUUAGCAUCAGGUCAAGCAAGGACCCAUGAUCAUCCCACCCUAGAUGGGAAGCUGACGAAGAGCAUUGCCUGCGAUCACCCUACCCCUCGCUUCUGUUUUAAGACCUUGACGCUGAGGGAGGCAUCAGCUUCCAAGGUCAUGUCACACCUACCUCGCUCAGCAUCUACUGGGUUAGGGGUUCAAGGAUACAUUUCGAUAGUGUCCGACCGCGGCACUGUGGUGGCUGCUUAAGCAUGAAAGUCUGAAUCGGCACGAGGAGUCAGAAAG